GCAGAGCUCCCGGCUCCGCGGCGGCUCGGCCCGCAGGUCCCGGUCAGGCCAGCGGCUCUGUCCCCCGCCUACGCCAUGGCAGCCGCCGGGUCCCAGGCCGACUGCGGCUACAUCCGGACCGUCCUGGGCCAGCAGAUCUUGGGCCAGCUGGACAGCUCCAGUCUGGCGCUGCCCUCCGAGGCCAAGCUGAAACUGGCGGGCGGUGGCGGCCGCAGCGGCCAGGCGGCCAAGAGUCUGCGGAUCCAGGAGCAGGUGCAGCAGACCCUGGCCCGGAAGGGGCGCAGCCUCGUGGCUAACGGAAAUCUCCACCGAACCAGCAGUGUUCCAGAGUAUGUCUACAACCUACACUUGGUUGAAAAUGACUUUGUUGGAGGUUGUUCCCCUGCCACUAAGACCUACGACAUGCUGAAGGCUGGUGCCACUGCCACACAGGGCAGCCGCUGGGGCCGAGGGACACUGCAGUACAGUUCCCAGAAGUUGGUGGAGGACAGGCCCUGGAGGCAGCCGCUGCGGAGACUGGAGAUCUCCCCGGAUAGCAGCCCCGAGCGGGUCCACUAUGCACACAGUGAGCAUCACUACAGCCAGCGGAGCCAGCUGGGCCACCCCCUGCGCCACCAGGACAGCCGGCGCUCCACACUCCUUGUGCCCCCGAGAUACGCCCGCUCCGAGAUCCUGGGCUUCAACCAGGCCGGGGCCGUGAGCAGGCAGCGCCACUAUGACACCUACCACAGACAACACCAGUACGGGUCUGUCAGCGACACCGUCUUUGACAAUGUCCCCGUCACCCCUGCGGUGUUCGCCUACCCUAGGCCAGGGACCAGUCACAGCAUGGGCAACCUGCUAGAGAAGGAGAACUACCUGAGCACAGGCCCUGCUGCCGGGCAGGUCAGGCCGCUGGUGCCCCUCCAGCCUGUCACUCAGAGCAGGGCCGCCAGGUCCUCGUGGCACCAGAGCUCCUUCCACAGCACCCGCCCGCUUAGGGAAGCCGGGCCUAGCGUCACUGUGGACUCGGGUGGCCGGAGGACACACAUGACCGUGGGCCAGGUUGUGGCGGCAGGCAGUGGAAAUCUGCUUCUGGAGAGGAGCACCAUCGCCGAUCCGCAGCUUGGGGCCUCAGACAUGGAGAUGACCCUAGAGCGAGCCGUGAGCAUGUUGGACGCCGACCACACGCCGCCAGCCCGGGUGGCGGCCGCGGCCACCUUCAUCCAGCACGAGAGCUUCCAGAAGGCGGAGGCCCGCAGGAGGGUUUAUCAGCUACGUGGCAUCCCCAAGCUUCUGCAGCUGCUCAAAGUUCAGAAUGAAGCCAUGCAGCAAGCUGUGUGUGGGGCCUUGAGAAACUUGGUGUUUGAAGAUAAUGACAACAAGUUGGAGGUCGCGGAACUAAAUGGGGUGCCCCGACUGCUGCAGGUGCUGAAGCAGACCAGAGACCUGGAGACUAAAAAGCAGAUCACAGGUUUGCUGUGGAAUUUGUCUUCCAAUGACAAACUCAAGAAUCUCAUGAUAACCGAAGCCUUGCUCACCCUGACGGAGAACAUCAUCAUCCCCUUCUCGGGGUGGCCAGAAGGAGACUACCCCAAAGCAAAUGGUUUGCUGGAUUUUGAUAUAUUCUACAAUGUCACUGGAUGCCUCAGAAACAUGAGUUCAGCUGGCCCUGAUGGGAGGAAAGUAAUGAGAAGAUGUGAUGGACUCAUUGAUUCCCUGGUCCACUAUGUCAGGGGGACCAUUGCAGACUACCAGCCGGAUGAUAAGGCUACCGAGAACUGUGUGUGCACCCUUCACAACCUCUCCUACCAGCUGGAGACAGAGCUCCCAGAAAAAUAUUCCCAGAGUAUCUACAUCCAAAACCGCAAUAUCCAGACUGACAACAGCAAAAGUGUCGGGUGCUUUGGUAAUCGAAGCAGGAAAGUAAAAGAGCAAUACCAGGAUGUGCCAAUGCCAGAAGAAAAGAGCAACCCCAAGGGCGUGGAGUGGCUGUGGCACUCCAUUGUGAUACGGAUGUACUUGUCCUUGAUUGCCAAGAGCUUGCGAAACUACACACAGGAAGCAUCCCUGGGAGCACUCCAGAACCUCACUGCAGGAAGCGGCCCGAUGCCGAUAUCCGUGGCCCAGACCGUGGUGCUGAAGGAGAGCGGCCUGCAGCACACCCGGAAGAUGCUGCACGUCGGGGACCCCAGCGUGAAGAAGACUGCCGUCUCUCUGCUGAGAAACUUGUCCCGGAACCUCUCUCUGCAGAACGAAAUUGCCAAAGAAACCCUACCGGAUUUGGUUUCCAUAAUCCCUGACACGGUCCCAACAACUGACCUUCUCGUUGAGAUGGCAGCCUCGGCCUGUUACACACUGAACAACAUAAUCCAGAACAGCUACCAGAACGCACGGGACCUCCUGAACACGGGGGGUCUCCACAAGGUCAUGGCCAUCAGCGCUGGGGACGCGUACGCCCCCAGCAAAGCCACCAAGGCAGCAUCUGUGCUCCUGUACUCCCUGUGGGCGCACACGGAGCUCCAUACAGCCUUCAAGAAGGCUCAGUUUAAGAAGACAGACUUUGUCAACAGCCGGACUGCCAAGGCCUACCACUCCCUCAAGGACUGAGGACAGGGAGACAGCUGCAGAGAUUUCAGCCUCACCCUCCUGGCCAUGCAAAAACCCCCAAGGAAAAGACCUAUUUUUCUACUGUCUAGCCCAAGAAUCCUCACAAAGAAAGUACGUGUCGUUUCUAGCCUUUCUUGUUGCCAUGGUCCUGAGAUCCAGGAAACAGAUCAUCAGAGCACACUGUUGUUAGGCCCCCGAGGACUUUUGCAAGGUUGCUGCCCGUAACCACCCGCAGCAGGCUGUCCCUCAGCCUCUGCCCUCCGGAGGCCGGCCGCCUGGGUGCUCACCGGCAGGGUGUGUGAGAGCAGAGCUGCUGUGUCACUCGCAUUUUAAAAGUUUGCUUUCCCUUUGUACUCCCAGUUUCUGCACAUGCUUCAGCACCGAGUCACAGGUGUGUCAUUCAGAUACGCUAAAACCCAUCAGAAGGGAUGAGAAAUACCUGCAGGCCUCCAGAGGAGAGUGUCAUGGAGGGUCAUUUGAUUGCUCUGUGUUCGUUUUUAUCCCCUUGGCUCUUUUUCCCUGUGGUUUUAAAUGAACUUGAGAAAUUUACAUUACAGAAGCAUGCAUGUAAGAAAAGGGAAUUGUGGGGUGAGCUUGCAGCAAGCUUAAACAGGGGCUGUAAGGCAGGGCUCGCUCGGCACUGGGUGAGCGGGACUUGUGCUCAAGGAAAUAACUUGCCUGUCUUAACAGCCAGAGACGAAGAUCUCUUCUACACAGUGGGCUCUGGGCGCUGUGUCCUGGGCCUUCUCCCCUUCUGCCUUGGUGGGGGAUGAGACAGGCUCUGCCAGGGGCACCCAGGGCCACCCGGGGUUGUGGAUGCAGCUCAGCAAAUGAGCCACUACUGGGCAUCUCAGCUCACCCAGAAUGUAAGAAAUAACGGAGCCACGGAUAUAAUAGAAGAGUCACAUGGAGGAAGCGCAUGGUAAGGUGCCAAGGUGCUCCCGAAAUGACACCGGGAUGCUGAGCUUCAAAGGUGCCAUCGCCAGCUGCAGGGAUUGUCUUAACAGGGCUGUGAUUAAAACCACUCGUGGAGGAUUAGUCUUCUCAACUCCAGUUCUGUUACACAUUUUGCUUCUAUAAAGAAGUCUGACAAUAUUUGUUGCAAGAAAGUAAGAAAAGGAAAACUCCUUUGGCUCCUUUUGGCCAGAAAAAUGUAAUAGAAAGUAAAUUCUCAUUUCCAAUUUCAGUGCAUACUUAAGUCUUUCUUAUAGAUGGAACUUAAUAAUUGUUUUCCAAGUUUAAAAUUCAGUGAAGAUGGGUUAUUAACCUAGACCAAAAUGAGGUUGCUAUCAUUUUUUUUAAAUCCUAAAGAGGGAAUUUACAUGUUUUUCCCUGGGUUUCAGACAAUAAACAUUUAGAGUUUAUUUCUCUCUCUAGAUAAAUGAUAUAUGUUCAAAUAUUUCCAUGUUUUUAAGGCAUUAAUAGAGCUUUCAAAUAUUAAACACAAAAUGAAGCAAAAGUAACA